AUGACUAAGUUCACCUGCAUGAAACAGUUCGAAAUCGAAAAUCUCGAAGUUCCAGGAGCUCAAAUUAUCAAAUCACCAGUCUAUGGCGAUAUCCGUGGCAACCUUUACGAAUCAUUCCACAUUCUUAAAGUAGAUUACACAACAUCCAUUGAUGAAAUCAACGGCAUCUAUCCAGGCAAAAAUACACUUUACGGCCCAGUUGCCCACAAGGGCGAAGAGCUCCUCUAUCUCAUUCGUGGCAAACUCUUGGUUUAUCUUGUUGACUUCAACGAUCAUUCCAAGCGUGCCCGCAUUGAAGUUGAGCCAGGCAUGAUUAUUCGCAUCCCAUGCAUGUGCAUUCAUGCAUUUUACAGCCUCGAUGAAACAACAAUCUUCGAUUUAGUCAAAACAACAUCACACGUCGAAGAAUCUCACUUCAAACCAGAAGAACUUGGUCUUGAAUUCCCAGGCCCAGUUGUUCAGGCCCCACAUAUCGAUAACAAGCCACUUUACGUUGAUUACGCAAUCAUGGGCGCCAAUGGUAUGAUUGGCUCAGCCUUUGUUCGCGAAAUCGAAGCUCGUGGACAGACAUGGGUCCAACUUCGCUCUCGCUUGAACCAACAGGAAGGUUUAGAGAAUGAAUUACGUCAUAUCAUGCCAAAGGUCUCCGUAAUCAUUGCCGCCGGUGUCGGAACACGUCCAAACACCAAGUGGUGCGAGGAUCACCACAUAGAAACCAUCGAUGCCAACGUUACAGCCCAAUUAGCCGCAGUCAGAAUCUGCAAGAAGAUUGGCUUGCAUUGCACAAUCAUUGGAACCUCUGGAUUCUACCAUUCCGAGUCCGAAACAUCCAAGGGAUUCGUAGAAACCGAUGAACCAAAUCAUGGCUGCAAUUAUUACUACCAGAUGAGAGUUCUCGAGGAGAAACUUCUCAAAGAUACAGGUCUUGAGAACCAUUGCUUGAAUCUCAGAGCUCUCUUCCCAUUCGAUCACAAGUUGACAACAUCAUCUCUCGUUGGAAAGCUUCUCCGCUUCAAAGUUAUCAACAGCAUCAAGACAUCUGUUACAGUGCUUCCAGAUCUCGUUCCAUUGGCCCUUGAAAUGAUGGAAAAGAAGAUCAACGGCCCAAUUAACUGGAACUGCCGCGGAACACUCUCAAACGGCGACAUCCUCCGCAUAUACAAGGAAGUUGUUGACCCAUCAUUCACUUUCAACGAACAGAUCCUUUCCCAUGAACAAUCAAAGGCAAACGGAAACUCCGCUGCAAAUCUCGAACCAAAGAGACUCAUAGAAAUAUUCGGUGACAGAGUACCAGAAGUUCACGAUGCUGUAAAGCAUGUAAUGGAACUCAUCAAGAUGGAGAAACCAGAAUAA